CGCUAUAGCUAUGAGAAGACAGUGCGAGCUAGCUGGUGAAGACGGAGGGAAAUCCCCGAGGUGAAUCUUUUGGCAGUGGAAAGAAUAGAGCAUAUUACUUCCUUUUAGGACUACUUUCACAGGUUCUGAGGACAGGUGAGAGAGUCUUUGAGAUAUAUAUCAACAUUUGGAGGCAUUAUCUACGCUUGUCAUGAUUGUUUUGCAGUGGUUUAUUUGAGUUAAUUUGUUUGAAGAGUUGCAGUUGCACGAUCCACUGACUGCACUGGAAUUCAACAGAACAGACUCUUGGAUCGAGCUAAAACUUAAUCACCGGCAUAAUGUCAGCUGGACCAGUAAAAGGGGAUGGUCCUGGACCUGGUCCUGGCCAGGGUUCUCCCAUUGUACCCCUGGAGGAGGCUAUGUCCAAUGUGGAACUCUUAGGUGACCUGCCGACCCCUGACCCUCAGCCCAUGAUCGAGGCCAAGACGAUAGCCUUGACCUACCAUGCGAACUUUGACACUAACUUCAGUGACAGGACUGCUUUCAUUACAGGUAUUGCCAAGUUUAUGGAGGAAGCCACAGUGCACUCGGAAAUGAACAACAUCCUAAAGGAAGGAGAAGAGCAUGCAGUCAUGUUGUAUACAUGGAGGAGUUGUGCCAGAGCAGUGCCUUCGAUCAAAUCAAAUCUUCAGGAGAACAGGCGAGAAAUCAAAGAAACCUUCGUUGAGAUCAUGAAACCAGAGAUCGCCAAGCUUAGUGCCUUCAUGCAUUUUCAGGAGAGAGCAAUUAACGAGUUCAGUGAAGACUUCAAGCGUUUAUGUCACAUUGAGAGGAGAAAUGACUUUGUGUCUGAGUCUUACCUCCUGACCUUAGGUCGGCUUAUGAACAUGUUUGCUGUACUGGACGCCUUGAAGGAUAGCAAAGCCAGUGUUAGGAAUGACAACUCAGCUUACAAUAGGGACGCCAACUUCUUGAGGUCAGCGAUCGACAUGGCUGCAGUCCAGGAGUCGCAGAAGAUGACCAUGUUCCUGGCCACCAAUCAGUCCAUCACUAACACCCUCAAGGCUACUCUGCUCAAGAUUGAAGGUUAUGAGGAGAUGAUUGCAGACGUCGUUAAUCUCUGCGUCAAGCUCUUUGAGAAUCAGCAGUAUGUCUUGCCUGCAGAGAAGCAUCUGCUUGUCAAGGUGAUGGGGAUAGGUCUGUUCCUGAUGGACAAUGAUACAAACAGCAUCUAUAAGAUGGACCAGAAGAACAGAAUCAGUCUCUCCAAGAUUGACAAGAUCUUCAAGCAACUGGAGGUGGUGCCACUGUAUGGAGAUCUCCAGAUCUCAGUCCUGUCUUACAUCAAGAAAUGUGCCAACUACGAGACCCAUCAGUCCUUCUGGAAGAGCGAGAACAUCACAGCAACGGGGUCACAGUUCAACAUCCUCAGACAGCAGGAUGCCCUCAGGGACCAGCAUACUAAGUACCUCGCUCAGCUGGUCAAGUAUAACAAGAUGCAUCCACAAUGGAAGGUCAUUGAGGCCCAGAACAACAACCAGCCAGUAAAGAGGAGUGAUGCAGAGAACAAGGCCAUCUACGAGCUGGCACUCAAAGGCUUAAGAUUACUCUCCAAACUCACUGCACUUGUCACUGAAAUGUUCUCGUGGAAGCUCCUUCACCCCAGCACCAGCCACAAGCCAGAGGUAGAAAAGGCAGAGGAGUACGAGAAGGCCACCCGCUUCAAUUACAACCAGCAGGAGAAGUUUGCUCUGAUUGAGAUCAUCGCCAUGAUCAAGAGUCUCCAGGCUAUCAUCAGCAAGAUGGAGCCGUUCUUCCAGGAAGCCAUCCAUCGGAGCAUCUACAGCGAGGUCCAGGACUUCGUUCAGCUGACCCUGAGGGAACCCAUGAGGGCAGCAGUCAAGAGGACCAAGAAGAAGAAAGGAACACUUAUCUUGAGUAUCAUCCGUGGAGUGAGAGAUAGUUGUUGUGAUUGGCUGGAGGGCCAGCAGCCUGGAGAUGACCCUGUCCUCAAGGGUGAGAAGGACCCUAAGACCGGCUACACUACCAAGAAGGUCCCAAGGAAGUGUAUUGGACCCUCUACCACUCAGCUUUACAUGGUACGAACCAUGCUGGAGUGUGUGACGGCGGACAAAGGUGGUACCGGCAAAAAGACGUUGAGGAAGGAACUACAAGACCUUGUACCCAUGGAGCCUUUUGAAGAGUUCCUCAAGUCCUCGUUCUUCUAUCUUCACCUCAUCAACCUCCCAGCUACGAUACGAAAGUGCGGUGAUCUGUCCCAGCUCUGGUACAGGGAGUUCUACCUGGAGAUGACUAUGGGUAACCACAUUCAGUUCCCGAUUGAGAUGUCCAUUCCAUGGAUCUUAACUGACGAGAUCUUGACGGCCAAGGAGCCUGCCCUCAUGGAAUAUGUGUUCUUCCCUCUUGAUCUGUACAACGACAGUGCACAAUAUGCUCUGACUAUCUUCAAGAAACAGUAUCUCUAUGACGAGAUAGAGGCUGAGGUGAAUCUGUGCUUCGAUCAGCUGGUGUACAAGCUUGCUGAGAUGAUCUUUGCAUACUACAAGGAGCUGGCUGGAAGCAUGCUACUAGACAGGAGGUUCCGAAAGGAAUGCAAGAAGUAUGGCAUUGAAAUCCCAUGCCAAAAGGCCAACAAGUACGACAGCAUCCUCAGGCAAAAACAUGUACAGAUCCUGGGUAGGUCAGUGGAUAUGAGCAGAUUGCUGUCCCAGAGAAUUAUCCAGUCAAUCCUUAAGAGUCUCAAAUUGGCCAUCUCUAGAUUCGAAGGUCAUGGCAUCAAUGAAGGUCUUAUUGAACUGGACUGCCUCUUCCAAAUCAACCAGUUAGCCCAUAUGAUGAUGGGCAAGUACCUGACCUUACCGGCCUUCCAAUCACUGGUAGAUGAAGCUGACAGUAACGUAGGAGGACCAUGUGGGACCAUAGCUCUCACUCUAGCCCUGGACCUAAGCAGUGAGAUCCUACCCAAGUACUGCUUCAAUGGAACAACUCAAAGGUUUGUUCGUACCAAGCUCAUGUUUGUGGAAGAGACAAGCAAGGACAAACCAGCCAAUGCACAGCCUGCCUAUUACUUUGGAAACAAGACCUUGAAUGCAGUGUAUCAGCACAUAGCUGGUCUCUACCAGGGUUUCAUGGGAAUGGAACACAUCCGCAUCAUGGUUCGUCUCCUUGGUUACCAACAGCUUCAUGUUGUGGUCGAAGAACUGCUCAAGAUCGUUAAAGGAACUAUCCAAACCUUGUGUGUACCUUACGUCAAAGUGCUCCUUCAGGAAGCUAUGCCUGCCAAGUGUAAGAUGCCCAAGACAGAAUAUGGAACUCAAGGUCUAGUGGUUUACUACUACACCCACGUCCAGGAUGUGGUCCAGUACUCGGACCUCAAGACCCAGACCCUGGUUGCUUUCCAGUCUGUUGGCAAUGCUGUCAUCAUCUUUCAUCUACUAGACCAGGUCCUGAGCAUGGAGGAGGCUUGGAACUUGUUCCAGGCCUCGCCUUUCAUGAACAUCCUACCCAAGCCUUACUGUGCAAAGGGAGAGAAGCUAGAGACAAAGAUCAAGCAAAUGGAGCAGAAUUAUGCACACCUUCAUCUAUGUCCUCUCAUGCAGAAACUUGGCACAAAAGAGCAACUGCGCAAUGCCCAAGAGAAUGACCUUCUACUGAGAGAGCGAGGUGCCUGCGGCAACAUCAUCUUGAAGGAGAUCUUGAACCGCAUCAGGUCUUUCCUUGACGACCCAGUAUGGCGGGGAGAGACUCCGCCGGAGAAUGGAGUGAUGCACGUUGAUGAGAGCAACCUGGAGUUCCAUCGGCUCUGGAGUGCUAUCAUGAUCGUCAUCUGUAUGCCCCUCAACCCAAACAACACCAGUGUAGAGGAAGGGUAUGGUGAUGGUCUGAACUGGGCAGGAUGUACCAUCAUGACCCUCCUCAAUCAAGCAAGGAAGUAUGAACUCCUAGACUUUGCCUCUCAUAUCCAGAGGGUCAAUGAGGUGGAUGGCAAGCUAGCAGACAUCAAUGGCAUCUCUGUGAAGAGGUAUGUGGACCGUAUCAGCAAAUACCAGAUCCUCAAUCAGCAAAUCUUUGAGGUCCUCAACAAGACUCUGGUCAUGGGUGACUCACAGGCCCCCACAUGCGCACCAGAGGUCAACUUCUACCAACCUCCUAUGCACCAGUCACAGGUCAAGAACAUGUAAAGAUUGGUCUUCAGACAGAACAAUUGGUUCAGAGAGCUCAGCAUAGGGUGUACUAAGGACCUAUUCACCCUCUACUGAAACAAUCACAGAUGGAUAGUAUUCAGAGGGCACAACUAACUCACUCUACCUACCCCUCCCUUUCUACAAGUUACAGAUCCAAACUAUGUAAAGAAUGGCCUCCAGAGAGAACACUUGAUUCAAGAAAGCUCUGAUCAGGUGUAAACUAGAUUCAUUUGUGAUCUUCAAACCCUCUCUUCACCACUCAAUGGUCCAAAAGAUGCAAGAUUGUCUACAGAAAAAGUAGCUGAUUGAACAAAUAUCACGUGGUGUACCCUCUACCAACACAUGCUCUACAUGUGGUGUACCCUCUACCAACACAUGCUCUACAUGUGGUGUACCCUCUCCCAACACAUGCUCUACAUGUGGUGUACCCUCUCCUAACACAUGCUCUACAUGUGGUGUACCCUCUCCCAACACAUGCUCUACAUGUGGUGUACCCUCUCCCAACACAUGCUCUACCUGCAGUGAGAGGCCGUCAGUCUGUACUUAGUCAUGUUAAUCCAGAAUGAUGACAAACAAUGUAUCUCUCUUAGCCGACAUAGAACAGUUUCAACUCAAUCUUUUAAAUUGAUUGAGGUAUUUCAUCUAUUGCGCUUGGGGCAUAAAUCACACCCAUUUAUUUUAAGCAUUUCUGGUACAUAAAAUGAAUGACGGCUACAUUAUAUGAUAUGAUAUUCUUGUACUUAGUACAGUAUAUAAACAUAUAUUUUGAAUCUAUUUUCAUAUUUACUUAUAUCAAAGGAACUAUCAUAUUCUCAACUGAGCUUAGUAUACUCUUAACUGAUUGGUUCUCAUGGUGAGCCUUGGGGAAGAGAGAAUCCAGGAGUCAACUGGUUAAAUGCAUUAUAGUUUCUUCCUUACUGUGAAAUAGGUGCAUAACAUUGGAAAUUCUGUCAUGAAACACUCACAGAGAACUGAGUUUUGGGUCCCGUAACACAAAAGAAUAAGCUAGCGCUUUUUAAAUUUGAAUCACUUUGUACAAUCAAUUGAUCAUACCAUCAAUAGAAGUACGUGUAUGAUCAAUUGCAGAGCUUUGUCUAAGAGGGCCUGUAAAUAGAAAUAUAUAUCUUUUUAAUGUAUGGUAACCAAACUAUUUUUUUUAUUGAAGCCUCAAUGGGAUCAGUCUUCCAUUUUUGUUGCAGCUUUCAAAGUGCAUUCAAAUGCUGUCUUCAACAAAGUGUCUUGUGUCAAAAAUCAAAAUAUUUCAUUUUAUUGUGAAUCUGUUGUUCCAUUCUGCUGUGAUAUACUAGUGACUUUACAUUUUUGUACAUUGUUUUCAAUGUUUUACAGUGUCAAUGCAACAAAGCAUUCAGUAUGGUCCUGUGGACUUUGCAUUUGUCUGUUUUGUGGGAAAGACCGUGUUAUAUUUAUUCCAGCCUCAGCAGGUAAGUGUAACAACCAUGAUAGAAGAAUAUUGAAGCCUAAUUUAAUAGUGAUAGAAUGUCCUUCAAAACUAGCCAAUCCUUGAAGCCUUAAUAGUUAUGAUUAUCAAAUUAUGCAAAAAGGAAAAGUGCACUUAAGAAGGAUACUUAUACUAGCCAAAUUAUUGUCAGAAUUAUAGAUAUCUAUGAGAUAGAUUUGUAAAGAGUAGUUUUUACGAUGGAGUUAGAUAUGCACAUGUAUUGAAAUUAGCCAUGACCAAUGUAUAUGUUAGUACAUUUUAAGAAAUUGGAGAUGGCUGUGGAAAUAUGAAGGAAAGAAAAUGACUACCAUAUGAAAUUCAUUGAUGAUAUGGCCAGUCUUUGAUAUUCUUAUUCUUUGUAAAAAUGAUAGGUUUUAUCACAAAGAUGUACAUGUGUAGGUAGAAAUAUUCAGAAAUCAUUGUUACCCUAUGAAUUCAGCAAGUGAUUUUUCAAAUGUCAGUCUAUUAGAGGGAAUCAGGAUGGGACUACUCGUUUGUGCCGGCCGGCAUAGAAAUGAAAUAUGAUGAUAAACCGUGAUUUGUUUUAAACACAUUAAUAAAGGCUUUAUGUUGCUCCAAGGCAUGGCUUUAUAUUGCUUGCAAAAAUGAAGUGGCAUGAAGUGAUGCGUCAGGAAUACAAUAUGUGUAAUUGUUUUAUAUUUUUGAGGUAAAACCAUAUUAGAACAUGAAGCUAGUAAUUAUCUCUUUUACAUUGGUUAUAUGUAGUAUUACCAAGAAGAGUUAAUGAGACACACAAUGUAUUUACAGAUGACACCAAUUAUUAUGCCUUUUACGUUCCAGGUUGGUCUUUGUCGUGCCUCUGCAGUUCACGAAGCAAUCUUAGUCAGUUUUGAUCUGCACACUUAAUAAUUUUGGCAGGACAGUUUAUUGCAGUAGCAUAUUACCCGGUACAUCUUUUUAAAAUAAUUUGUUAAAAGUUUUGCACAGAAAUAUCUUAUGAGCAUUGGUGAUUCAGCAUUUACUCCAGAGACAUUUGCUUAAUUUUGUGUGAAGAUUUAAUGUAGGGUUAGGAUAACAUUGUAUGUUAGGAUAAUGAUAGGCUUAGGUUUGGUGCUAGGGUCAGAGUUGAAGUUCAGAAUUUGGUUAGUGUCAGAAAUGGAACAUGGAAAUAGACUCCCACAGGAGCAUGUGGUUUACUAACCCAAAGCAUCUGUUCAUUACUGAUUUGAUUCAACUACAUAACAUUAAUUUGAUGUAAAAUAUAAUUGUACUGACGUGGUGACGUGGGCAGGUACCCAUAAUUGUUGAAAGGGAGAUUCUAAUUCUGCUAGAGCUUCUCUAGAAUAAUAAAUCAAUUGCAAUAUGAACUGAAUAUUAGCUUUCCUCUCAUGAAGGUCUUGGGUGGUGGACUUUCAAAUCAUGUUAACAAAAAUUUGUUCCAGCGUUGCCCAUUCAUAGAAGACAUAUUUCAUUUCUCAACAUUAUAUUUAUGCCUGUGAGGGGAAAAGGAAACUUAACCCGGCCUUUGACCUGCAAGCAUCUUCUCGCAAUGUUACUGAUCAGAAUGUGGAGGUGUAGUACUACUAUGCAUAGCUUUACAUGCAUAGCUUUACAUGCAUAGCUUGCGACUUGCUCUCCUUCAUAGAGGACCUCUAUUUUAACAUCCUAUCCAAGGGACAGGGUGUUUUCCACUGUAACAUCAUGUUCAUAUAAGGACAGUAAAGAGGAAUGUAAACAGAAAAGGAUUGUAGAUCUGUGCUUAAUGCUGGCUAUGAAGAGUUAAAUAGGUGCAGGGUAAAUAUCCUGGACAUAUUUUCAUAUUGUUUUUAGGUUAUAAUGACAGAAUUAACAACAUAUUUGUAUAUUUGUUUACAUUACGUACUGGUGGCUUUUAUAAAAAUAAAUAUAAUAGACAUUUUUUUUAUGUGUUGUUCCUGUAUAAUUAUUUCAAAGAUUAUAUUAGCGGAAAAGUAGUUCGAAAUUGGUUUGGAAAAAAGGCCUAUUGUUUGGAAUAUAAAUGUGCAUUAAUUGUGAUAUAAUUUGCAGUACUAUAAUGAUUGAAUGAUUUGAGAAUGAUUUUUUUUAAAUACCUAGGCUGUGUUGCUAUUAUCAACGUAUAUUUAUCAACAAAUUCCAAUCAUUGAUUGUCUUCCAAAAGAUAUAAUUUUUGAGUUUCACACAGUGCUGUUUUAUUUAUGAAAAAUUGGAAAUAUGGGAUUUAUUUUUUACCAAA